GACAGCGAGCCAGUCACUGGCAGGUAAACAAACCUGUCACUGGCUGGGAAGGCGAGCCAAACAAAGCGAAUAACCUCUCUGGCCAUGUUAUUUAUUUUAUAAUGGCGAUAGUGCGGACGUACAAAAGACAAUACUGUUAAUUACCUUGGCAGACUCAAAUGACCAUCACCGCUGCAAAACUACAACAUGGGGCCCAUCAUACAAGAGCGCGCAGCAUCCACGACACUGAAACGCGUCGUUUCCAAAGAGAAGAUCCGCGUCAAAAACACGGAAAAUAGCGGACCAAAUACAAGUUUAAAGAAAGGGAAGAAAAUGAAGAAAGCAGUCGGCCAAGUGCAAAGUGGCCUGCCAGGACCAGGUCAAAACCAAAACGUCGUGGGAACAGUGCAGCAGGGUUCACAGCCAAGAAGUUCCAAGUUUAAAUCCGGCACCUCUCAGAAUACAAGCAAACUCCCCAGCCCGGUAGAAGCGCGAGAUGCAAGACCUCAACUUGGCCAACAUUCGAGUGUGCACAAAAAUGAGGAAAGGAGAAGCCAUCACCGGGCAUCACAAUGCAAUACUGAGCUACAACCGAAUCACAGGGGGAUGGGCAAGAAUCGACGAGCACUCUCUCUUCCGCUUUCCCCUAUAUCGGGACUACGACACAUGCCGGGGCAUUCCCCAACCCUUGUACCAGAGGCCCUGCAGGACCCCUACAAGAUUGACGACAGUGACAGUGCCAGUGACCUAUCUGAUUCGGAGAGGUUGCCUGUGCUGCCAUCGCCUUGUACUCCUUGUACACCUCCUCAUCUAAAUCUGCGAGCUGAGGCCAUUGAUUCUAGUGAUUUCCCACUGGACAUCCCCGGACCACAUGGCAAUGGAAAUGAUGAUGAUGAGGGGGAGACACCUACCCACUGUUACCCAGACUUUCUUCCGCCACCUUUCAACACCUGGAGCCUUAGACAGCUUGCAGUGUUUCUUCAUACAGAGGGACGUGGGGCCCCCAGGCCUAAACCGGUUGGGCCUUUGGAGAGAUUCCUGGAGAGAUUACUGCAGUUAGAGUGGCUCCAGAUUCAAACCGUUCAAGCUGAGAGCAGCCGCCCACCUGGGAGACACACAAAGCCUCAGACCACAUCUGGUCACUCACCUAGACCUCACACAGCUCCAUCAUCCCGACUUAACUCCCCAAAAGGGCUGCGGCACAACCAGCGAGCCUUCCCAUAUGUCAUCAACCCGCCGUCACCUGCGUCUGCUGCCGCACAAUCCCGCCUGCCAGUUUGCACCCAUUGUCACAUUCCCUACCCUUUGUGCAACGGGAGUUGUUCUGCAUACGCCUACCAGCGCCACUCUCGUCUCAGCCCACUGCUGGAGCGUAGAACCCGACCAGGGGCGCCUGUGAAGAGGAACUGCAGUGAAACACAAGAAGUCACCAAAGAAGGUAGGAGCCAAGGAGCACAAGGCGGAGGUGGAGCCCAGUUUCCAGUGAGCCCCUCAGCAGGAAUGAGUCAUCUCAGGCACAUGCAUGCAGCAGGCAAUGCUCGAAAACAACCCCAGGAAAUGGGAACAAACCCACAUGCUAGAGGUCAGGUGAGGAAAAGUCGAGUUAGAACCAACUCUGAAACCGAUGUUAAGAAGGAACCCGGUGUGGUUAAAGCAGCAGGCAGUGACAAACUCGCAGUAGGGCCAAGUAAGAAGGGGGCUAUCACCUCAAAGAAAUUAGAAGACUGGCAGAGGACACCAGCAGAAGGUCAGGCAUCUAAAACCACCAUGAAAAUAGCUGCUAAAGCGCCACAGUCUCUUUCUAAAGCGCCUUCUAAUGGUGCAAAAUCAAAAAAUGUCCAAUCUGCUACAAAAUAAGAUAGUAACAAAAUAAUAAGUCAGCCUAUAGUGCUUUAUUACUCUGUGAUCUCUUGGCACUAGAGCUUGAACCUAUGCUUGCUUUCUAUCUAUUACUAACACCUUGUGAUGUUAUGCCAGUGUCCAGAUAACUUUCAAGAGGUACCAUAUGACAAUAUAACUAUCAGAAUUUCAAAGCACAACAUUAUAUGGAACAGCAAAUAACCAAUACAACGUUGCAGUACAAGCAGCAGGGCGAUUGUGUCCUCAGAAAACUCAUGCAAUUUCAACCAAACUAUAAUGCAUAGUUAUUUUCUUGUUAUGCUACUAAUGUCUAAAAGGCAUGAAAUUGGCAAUCACUUGCCAGCUUUCAACGUAAAUAAUACAUAGUGAUGCUUACCAGCUAUUGAUAUACACACAUUUUGUCUCUGAAUAAUAAUCAUAGCCAUUGGUGAUACAAUUUUAAUGUAAUGUGUUUUCAGUAUUUUAUUUAUUUAUUUAUUUAUUUAUUCACUCACUCACUCACUUUGCUUUUUGGUGCCUCAUUUUAAGACAUGUCCUAUGUGUUUAUUGCAUCCCUGUCUGAAAACCGAGCUUAUUGAUAAAUUGCAGUGCACUGAAGGAAAGUGUGCUAGUUUUACAUGUGCGAAUAGUGUCACAUUUUUGUUCAAAAGGGCUUCUUGUGUGUUAACACGUGGAUGGUCGUCUUGGAAAAUGAAUUGUAUUUUUUGCAUAGAGCUCUUACGAAAUUGAUGGUAAUGUUUGCUAUGAAUGUAAAUGGAUAUUUUUCCAAAUUUUAUACACCAUAGUUAUAUUUGUGUAAUGUAUUGUGUUGGAGUUGUAUUCAUCAUUGUCAUCAUUAUGUUUACAUGUGUCAUAUACAUCAUGAAAAAUAUUUAUUAAAAAACACCUAAAUAUGUC